AAUAUUUAAAUGAUUAAUUUUAAUAAAUGUUGGUUUAAUUCAAUAAAUAAAGAUAGUGUACAGAUAAUGAUUAAAAUGAAUUAAAGAUAAGUAUCAAAAUUGAAAUACAAUUGGUAGUACUAAUUAUCAAAUUAUCUAAUUAUAGGUCUUUGUUCAAUUAUUUAAGAGGAAUAAUAUAAUUUAUGGAAUUAAGAGAGGAUAAAAAUAGAUAUUUAAUGUAGAUUUAUAUUUUAAUUAAAAGUUUUAGCCGUGGAAUUUAUAAUGAAGAUGAUAAAAAGAAGGUGUAGAACGAAUUAUUUUAUAAUUAUUGAAUUUAAUUUUCAAUAAUUAUAAAAUAAUACAAAAACUGUUUCUGAAAAUCUCAAAUAUUUACAUUAAAAUAUGUUAAGCC